UUUUGUGUUUUUUCACAACAGUACCAUGCUGAGCUCUACUCAGGCACACCAGAACCUGUAACCUCAGAUUUCUCCCUCUUUUCCAUUUCAGGACAGAACUCCAAAGGCCUCCACACUGUGGUCCUUCCAAAGGACCUUUGUAAACAGUUCCUCCGUUCUGCACGGAAGAACACCAAGAAAGGCAUAGAGACAUGUGGUGUGCUAUGUGGCACUCUGGUAAAGGACGAAUACCAUGUCUCCCAUGUCAUUAUUCCUGUGCAGAAAGGAGGUCCCGAUUACUGUUAUGCCCAGAAUGAGGAAACCAUCUUAUUUGUGCAAGAAGAACUGGGCCUUCUCACCCUAGGUUGGAUUCAUACACAUCCAACCCAGACAGCCUUCUUGUCGAGUGUGGAUGUACACACACAUUUUUCUUACCAGAUAAUGCUGCCAGAAUCAAUUGCAGUGGUCUGCGCACCCAAAUAUAAACAAACUGGAAUUUUCACACUGACACCUUUUGGAUUAAAUGAAAUAUCAAUCUGCACCCAGAGGGGCUUCCAUCCCCAUAAUCAGGACUCAGCUAUAUUCUGUGUAUGUAUCUGUGAAGAAGAAAUCGAGCCGAUGUUCCCAGCCAGUACAUAGACCCGAAAAGCGUUAUCAUCCUUUUCUCACCUUCAUGGAUGUUUGGCGUCAUCGCACACCUUCAUAGAAAUCCAUUAUAACCAUUUAUCUAGGAAGGAGUGGGCAGUGGAUAUAAGUGUCUUAUAUUUGAAACAUUGUCAUUUGCUUUGUUUGAGGAUGCUGACAAUCCUACCCCUUUUCCUGAUGUCUAGAGAUACUAAUACUAUGCACUUUCCAGGCUGUUGAGUGGAGAAGGAAAGAAGGACUAGGGUGGACUCAGGGACAGAGGGUGUGCUCAGUAGGUCUGAUGUCCUGGAUACAUCCCUAGGAACAUGGUGAAAAGAAGUAACCAACAAAUCAUGGACUCCAUUAGCUUAUUCAAGAUUUAUUACAUGUUAAUUUGUUCUUCAUCAUUGUCAGCUACUAAACAUAAGUUGGUGAUAUGGAUGCCAAAGAAAGUGCCAAGUAAGAUAGGUAAAUUAAGCAUAUUCAUCCCAGAGUAUUGAUUCAAAAGCAGGGUUUUCAGGUGCCUAGGGAGAUGAUUUCUUCUCCAAUGUUUUGUCUAGGAUAAUACACUUGGCCUGAUCAGACCUCAGGGCUUAAGAUCAGUCUCAGAUCAUUGAGAUUCUG